UGUCCAGCUGCCUGACUGAGAGCCAGUUGGAGAACGUUGACAUACAGGUCACAGUGGAUCAUAUGGUGGAGAACUACGGCACUGAGAAAGCUAUUGGGAUCACACUGAUGAUCCUGAGAAGGAUGAACCGACAUGAUGUAGCAGAGAAGUUAGAGAGAGAUUACAGACACAGAAGAGAUAACACCGUAAAACUGUGUUAAGAAAAUGUGUCAUAAACGUUCCUUCAAACAAAGACAACAUGAUUUAAAUAGAUAAUUGUAGAUGAACAGGACAAUGUAAUACGUAAAAUAUACCGUUAUCUCUCUUCACUUCUAUAGCAGUAUCUACCACAGCAACAAGAUGGUGGAACGACUCCAGACACUGGUAAUGAUGAAGAGAGAGAGACGAAACAUGUCAGACUGACUGGAAGUUCUAGAGUCUGGGACAGAGAGGCAUCGGGCAGCAAAGUCACUGGAAUCACAAAGGAUGAAGAUUUACUGGUCGCGGUGAGGAGGAUGGGGGAUGAUUGGGUUCACACUAUCCACAUACUGCUCUGGUGAUCUAUACAGUAGCCUGCACAAUCAUUGCCAUCCCCCAAAGUCCUUUGAAAAGUCAGAAUAUUGUAUAAACUCUCAAAAAACAUUCCUUACCUCAGGAUACUUCAGCUGGUGACUAUCAUUCCUUACCUCAGGAUACUUCAACUGGUGACUAUCAUUCCUUACCUCAGGAUACUUCAACUGGUGACUAUCAUUCCUUACCUCAGGAUACUUCAACUGGUGACUACCAUUCCUUACCUCAGGAUACUUCAACUGGUGACUACCAUUUCUUACCUCAGGAUACUUCAACUGGUGACUAUCCAGGAGAAUAAAUAAAAAGGAGCACUCUGUUGCCGGGUAGAUCUGAUAGAUGUAUUAUUUGACAAACAAACAGGAUGCUUGUUUUGAAAUGUUUUUUUGGAUAUCAAGUCCCUCAGUGGAGCACCUGAUUUCCUUUUUAGUUUAAGCUGAGCUGAAGCGCGUUUGGGUAUACUAUUUUUCAUUGUAUAAAACUCUCAUUUCAACUCUGCUAGUUGUCCUGACAAAAUAUCCGCAGGAAAAGUAUUGUUGUACAGACUUUCCCAAAAUGUGGAUCUGCAGUUGUGUUUCUUCAUCAUUUCACCUAACGUCACAAUAAAAGUCGUGCAUAUGUGUGUACAAGUAAGUGAUACAGAAGAGGCUUGUGUGGAAUACUUUAGGCAUGAGGUAAAGCAAUGAAGAAAGAUACCUGCAGACUCAGUGUGUCUGUAUGUCUGUCUGUGUGAGUGAGUGUGUGGUCUUCUGUAGUCUACAGAGGUGUCCAGAGUGAAAGGUCAAGCUCCCUCCUGAUGCCUUCAUCGUCCUCAUCAUUACAGCCUGUUGAGGAAUCCAUGGAUCAUCUCACCAUCAGGACACCUCUCCAUGUCUCACCAUCAGGACACCUCUCCAUGUCUCACCAUCAGGACACCUCUCCAUGUCUCACCAUCAGGACACCUUGUCUCACCUCCACGGGAGUCACCUCUCCACGUCUCUCCUCUCCACGUCUCUCCUCUCCACGUCUCACUCCAUGUCUCACAUUCACGUGAGUGACCUCUCCAUUUCUCACUCCUCCAUCCCUGGUAAAAUUCAAUAUAUAUAUAUAUAUACUUACCAAUAGAUGGAUGGAUGGAUACUGUUGGUUGAAUAUCUGUUGUUUUGACAUUUCAGGAGCUUUGCAAUGAAUUUACUCCUGACAUCAUCACAGCAAGGAAACAUACCGGUAACUUGAUGUUCUUUUCCUUGUUCUUAUUCUUCAUUUGUAGAUACAGUAGGAACAUACUAUUCUUCAUUGUUUGUUCUACAGGUUCCAGUGCCCAAGUGCAGGUCUGUUCCAGUGCAGUAUAACAGGCCUGGUGUUUAGGAUGGAGGGAGAGGGAGAGGUGCUCUAUAGGACAGUCCCCUGGAACAGGAGGCUUCUAGCCCAGAGAGGCAAGAGACCUGCAGGACCCCUGUUCAACAUCGACUGCCCUCAGAAGUCUGUCUGCCAACUACACCUCCCACACUCUCAGAUUCAUUCUGGUAAGUAUUCAUUUCAAGUAACUUUCUGGAAUAAAAGAGGAAUUUCACUUUCAAGACUGCUCUAAAGAAGAUUACUCUGCUAAUAUUCUACAUUGUCUUGGUUGUCAUUUAUAUUGUAGUAUAUCUGAGAAAGAUCUAAAUGUUCUCUUUCUUUCCCAGGUGGUGGAUGUGACUUCCUGUCUGUAGCCCAUGUGACUGAUGACAUCAUUGAGUUUCUUCCUCCUCAUGAGAUAACAGAAACACACAUUAUAAUAAACAUCACUGGAUUCUGUGAUUAUGGCCUCACCAAGGAUGAGGCUCCUGUCUUCCCUAUCCAGGGGCUUGUGUUGUUAUUCUACCAACCGUUUGUCCCUGAAGAGAGGUCCAUCCUGAAUAUGUUGUUGCUUCCCAGUAAUGUUGUGAGAAAAGAGGUGAGCUGGAGCCCUACAACCCCAGAAACCUUCUUCUAUCUGGCUGGAGUUCAAUCAAACACACAAUGGGAAAUGUAAUACUGGCAUAACGGCUAAACAUUUAAUCAAACCAUUAUGGAGAGAAGCAAGUGUGACUGAAUUCCAUCUGUUGACCUUUUUGAUCUUAUUGCAUUAUUCUCAAGCUUUAAGUCGUUUUUUUACUCACAUUCUCUGCAAUUAUUUUUAAAAAGAGGGUUUUUUGAAGCACAAUUAACCUGUCUAUUGUUGGUCUUUUCAAGGUGCGGUGAUUGAAAGGGAUGGAAUGUGAGACCUUUUAACAACUUCUCAGUGUAAACUUCCCCCGACGCAAGAAUACGCCUUCUCCACUAAUUCCACAGAUGCACAUCGAAUACAAUAUUUGAGUAAUACAUUUUUUAUUACAAUGUAAUUUUUUAUUUCAUUGUCACUUCCUAUGAAAGCAACUACUACCCCACAUUUCAGUUGUUUUUUCUGAAAGAAAAGGAAGGUGAUGAACUUGUAUGGAACGGACUUGUCUGGUUGCCAGGUAACAAACAUUCAGAGCUCAAAUCCAAUCAAAUGAAGUCAGACCCGUAGUACUAUUACAUGUUUUUAGUUCUCUUACAGCGUUAUUGUUAUUGAACUAUGAUGUCAUUAUAUCAUAUGAUUAUGGUUGGUUAUAAUGAAUAUACCUUUUAUCAGAUAGUAAAACACCAUCUCUUUUCAGCCUCACCAACAGAUGUCACCUCUACAAGUUCACUGACAUUCACCAUCAUUAUAAACCUCUCGAUAACAAACUACAGAUUAAUCACCAUUCUAAACCUCUCAAUAACAAACUAGAGAUUCAUCACCAUUAUAAACCUCUCAAUAACAAACUAGAGAUUCGUCACCAUCAUAAACCUCUCAAUAACAAACUAGAGAUUCAUGACCAUUAUAAACCUCUCAAUAACAAACUAGAGAUUCAUCACCAUUAUAAACCUCUCAAUAAGUAAAAAAUAUAUAUAUUUAAAGAGCAGCAGUAAAAUAAAAUAACAGUAGCGAGGCUAUAUAACGUGGGGUGCCGGUACAGAGUCAAUGUGCAGGGGUACAGGUUUGUCAAUUUGUUUCAUAAGAGUUGUAAAUUCUCUGAAAAUAAAAAAUGUAGUUAUUCUCUCUAUCAUGUUAUAUAAAUAGUUCCCCAUUACUUUAUAUGUAAUAAAAAAAUAAUAUAUAUAAUUAUAAUAAUAAAACGUAUUCGUUUUCUUGGGGUUUAUUGAGCCAGAAAGUCACCACAUCUGCCACCAAAGCUUCCUUGUCUUUGUUGUUGUCCACUAGUGAAUGUUUGAUUUCUUUGAGUUUCUCAUGGAUGAAGAUCGACAACUUCAGUUCAUGUAGAAAAUGGUAUCCAUGGUAUAUGAUAAAAUGAAGAACCAUAGGGGUAACUAUGGUAACCCCUUUUUAUUGUUGAACCCUUCCUUUGGGCUCGGGGCGGGGUUAACGUACCACCAGCAUACUCCGUUUUUUUUCAGGGGUUGACCCUUCUGGGGCCUCGUUUCACCCAAUAUCCUUAGUAUCCAUAGGUAUAAUACACUUCCUUAGUUUAACAAUACUCUGCCUGCGUUGGCUCUGUACAAAGAGAGCAUCCACUAACUCAAACAAUUUCAAUUCCAUUAUAUCCCAGCCUAUAAAAGGAAUAAGCAUACGUAACCUAAAAUCCCCUGUCAGCCCCCCAUCACGGAGGUUCCCGUUAACUGAUUUUUCUCGUUGCUGAUAUAGAGCUCCACGCCUCCACAAGGAAGUCCAUUCUUUCUUUGUAUUUUCACCCUAUGAAAUAUUCUUCCUGAGGAGUCAGGGGCACCUUCCCACCGGGCCUUGUACCCCGUGUACAGGCUAUAACCCUUUGAGGUAACUCUCAGUUCAGGACACACCACCUUGCGAAACACAUACCAGUCUUCAAUCCUGUAGUCCACUCCUAAGGUUUGGUCUGUAUAUUCUUCUCCUUGGGCUAAGGUAUAUGGUUUCACUCUAUAGAUAGGGUAAUCAAACAUAUACCCCCAUAGUUGUCCAUUAGACAUCAACACUUGAUCUUUCAGUACAGUUACGGGAGGUAUUUUGGUUCUAUAGAAAUGUAGAAAAGUAUUUUUUGGAGCAUCAUAUAUUGAUGAUGUCUACUCAUCCCUUUAUGAUAUAGCCUGGGUCCUACUUCCAAUGUUAAUGUCAUCACGGGCGGGUCAGUACUUAACAAAUCCAUGUUUUCUUAAUUUUUUCUUUAGAGUUUUCUGUGGUUUGUCUCUCUUGAGGUUUCUUGUCGCUCGUAGUGUUCACAGGACAAGUCUAACACUUACUUAUACUCAGGCAGACCUACCCUGGAAAUUACUUUUUCAUUCUACAAGGGGUCACAAGCUCACUACCCAGCAUUGUAAUUUUUAUUCGGUAAAGUUAGUGUGGAAGAGGUGAAAAAAUUAUUGUUGUCUAUCAACAAUGACAAGCCACAGGGGUCUGACAACUUGGAUGGAAAAUUACUGAGGAUAAUAGCGGACGAUAUUGCCACUCCUAUUUGCCAUAUUUUCAAUUUAAGCCUACUAGAAUGUGUGUGCCCCCAGGGUUGGAGGGAAGCAAAAGUCAUUCCGCUACCUAAGAAUAGUAAAGCCUCCUUUACUGGCUCAAAUAGCCGACCAAUCAGCCUGUUACCAACCCUUAGUAAACUAUUGGAAAAAAUUGUGUUUGACCAGAUACAAUGCUAUUUUACAGUAAACAAAUUGACAUCAUACUUUCAGCAUGCUCAUAGAGAAGGACAUUCAACAAGCACAGCACUUACACAAAUGACUGAUGAUUGGCUAAGAGAAAUUGAUGAUAAAAAGAUUGUGGGGGCUGUUUUGUUAGACUUCGGUGCAACUUUUGACAUAAUCGAUCAUAGUCUGCUGCUGGAAAAACGUAUGUGUUAUGGCUUUACUCCACCUGCUAUAUUGUGGAUAAAGAGUUACCUGUCUAACAGAACACAGAGGGUGUUCUUUAAUGGAAGCCUCUUCGACAUAAUCCAGGUAGAAUCAGGAAUUCCCCAGGGCAGCUGUCUAGGCCCAUUACUUUUUCAAUCUUUACUAAUGACAUGUCACUGGCUUUGAGUAAAGCCAGAGUGUCUAUGUAUGAGGAUGACUCAACACUAUACAUGUCAGCUACUACAGCGACUGAAAUGACUGCAACACUUAACAAAGACUAGCAGUUAGUUUCAGAGUGGGUGGCAAGGAAUAUGUUAGUCCUAAAUAUUUCUAAAACUAAAAGCAUUGUAUUUGGAACAAAUCAUUCACUAAACCCUAAACCUCAACUAAAUAUUGUAAUAAAUAAUGUGGAAAUUGAGCAAGUUGAGGUGACUAACCUGCUUGGAGUAACCCUGGAUUGUAAACUGUCAUUGUCAAAACAUAUUGAUACAACAGUAGCUAAGAUGGGGAGAAGUAUGUCCAUAAUAAAGCGUUAUUCUACCUUCUUAACAGCACUAACAAGGCAGGUCCUCUUCAGGCCCUAGUCUUGUCACACCUGGACUAAUGUUCAGUUGUGUAGUCAGGUGCCACAAAAAAGGACUUAGGAAAAUUGCAAUUGGCUCAGAACAGGGCAGCACGGCUGGCCCUUGGAUGUACACAGAGAGCUAAUAUUAAUAAUAUGCAUGUACAUUUCUCCUGGCUCAAAGUGGAGGAGAGAUUGACUUCAUCACUGCUUGUGUUUAUGAGAGGUGUUGACAUGUAGAAUGCACCGAGCUGUCUGUUUGAGCUGCUGGCGCACAGCUCGGUCACCCAUGCAUACCCCACAAGACACGCCACCAGAGGUCUCUUCACAGUCCCCAAGUCCAGAACAGACUAUGGGAGGUGCACAGUACUACAUAGAGCCAUGACCACAUGGAACUCUAUUCCACACCAAGUAACUGAUGCAAGUAGUAAAAUUAUAUUUAAAAAAACAGAUUAAACACCUUAUGGAACAGCGGGGACAGUGAAGCAACACAACAUAGGCGCAGACACAUGCAUACACACACACGAUAACAUACUCACUAUACACACACGUACACAUGGAUUAAUACUGUAGAUCUGUGGUAGUGGUGGAGUAGGGGCCUGAGGGCACACAGUGUGUUGUGAAAUCUGUGAAUGUAUUGUAAUGUUUUUAAAAUUGCAUGAACUGUCUUAAUUUUGCUGGACCCCAGGAAGAGUAGCUGCAGCCUUGACAGGAACUAAUGGGGAUCCAUAAUAAAUACAAAUACGCAGGAAAUCCGUAAUCCUCUGGAAAACAAGGGAAUUUAUUGAAAGUUCCAGGAAUGUUGCAACCCUACUCCUACAUCCCGUACCAGACAGACAGACAGGCAGACUAUUAACAUACAGUAUAUUUUCAUGUUUUCUUCAUAACUUAAAUAAAUCCCACAAAGGCAAUAAAGGAGUCCGAAUAUUAUUACAUUAUAAAUACAACCUGGGAUUCAACUGGAAACAUAAAGAACAAGACAAUAUCAGAGAUGUUGUUUCAACUUUAUCGCUGGAUAAGAAUGGCUUCUCUCGCCCACCUGUUUUGGUUUGGUGUCAGUUUGUCCACUAGAGGGCGACGAACUUACUAGAGACCUAUAGGGAGGAUGUGCCACAGGAUGGGAUGGGCUGCUGAAAACGAAAGGAAAUUAGCGCUCUACUAUCAGGCUUCAUUACUUUCCUGUCGGCUGUCUGCACCUGUAGUGUCUAAAAAUGGACUGGUUCAGGGUAAGAAAAUAGUUUUAAAAAAAACUGAGUAUGCUGUUAUUUAAUGGAAUCUGGAAAUAUGAAAAGUAACUGAAAAGUUUGUUGUUAAUAAACAGUAAAGUAGGCUACAUUGUAUUCAUUUCAUAUUUGAUUUAUAGCAACACGGAAGUGCGAGAUUGACUCGAUCAAAGUAAUGGGAACAACGGGGAAAAUAACUUUACAUGAUGAAAUGCAACAACGUCUGAUGUAAUAGUUCAUAGGCCUACUUUUAAAAUGUCUAGGUAAUAAUCUAGCUAUGAAUUAAUAACGCAGUAAUGUUAAUAUCCAAUGAUUUCAUAUCUACCACUUUGCAUGUCAUUCGAAGGAGUGAAGGCUGAAAUAAUCUACAUUUUAGCUGGUAAACUUUUGCGAUUUCAAUCACAUACCAUCUCAAUCAAGAGAUGUUGGCAAGAGAAAGUUGUAUUACACGCCCAGACCCUAAACUAGUUUGAUAUCAUCAGUUACAGUGCCGUGUGUGGAUGUGCACAUAUAUGCGGAGGGUAGAACAUGUAGGCUUUCCCAUGUGGUCCUGAAUAGAAAAUACUGCAGACAAGACACAGACUGUGUGUGGUGUGUGGUGUGGUGUGGUGUGGUGUGGUGUGUGUGUGUGUGUAGGAGAUAUCUGCCUCUGAGAAGGAAAGGAAGCCAGCAGGGGAGGAGAGUGAAGAGGCAUCCAGCACCUCUUCUAGAAUGUGAGUGAACAUAGAGUAUAUUAUCUAUUAUCUACCUGGUACAGCCAGGGCCACCCCUCAGAGUGGAUAUGAGUGGACAUAGAGUAUAUUAUCUAUUAUAAACUAGGUGGUUUGAGCUCUUCUUUCUCAGGUACAGCCUCAACCUCUCAUCUGUCCUUAUUCCCACCAGCCCCGAAUUAUCCCUUUCCAGUAUGGUUACCCUCCAGGUCCUCCUCCUUCCUUCUGUCUAAUCUAGGACGUUUUUCUGGUAUCUCAGGACUGCUCAGGUCACAGGUAGAGGACGGUUAGAGAAAUGUAGGAUCACUUCUACCCUCAUAUGUUAAAACACCUGUACUCACUGUCAUAGUCAGUUCUACAGUAUGAAAUGAUACAGUCCACACAUACAGUCUAGAUAAUUAACUAAUCUCUCAUGGACACUAUGAGUGGUGGGGGUCAGACUGCAUCCCUACACACACACACACACACACCAUUUGACAAAAAGGCUGUGAUUAUAUGUGGUGGGGGGUGUGCUGGUGUGUAAAGCAACACUAAAAAUUUUUUACUUUUUUGGUACCAAAAAAGAUUUUAUUAUUUUUUGGGGGAAUUUUUUUAUUAAAAUUUUAUGGAAAGGGGAACAUUAAUUUAUUUAAUGUAUUCCUUAAACCCACCCCCCCCAAAACCUUUUAUUAAAAAAAGGAAAAAAGGGUUUUGGGAUUAAAAGGUCAUAAUCUUUGCUAUAAAUUUCAAAUGUUUUUUAGGCUGCCCCUUAUCAUUCAAAAACUCACCCCUAACGUUUUCUACGGGUUUUAGACACCGACAAUAAGCGGGGUAAAGGUGGGGGGGUUUUUUGUGCUGCUUCUGAGAGGAAGUGCCCAAAUUUUUUUUCCCCCGUUUUAAAGGACAUAGUUGGGUGUUUUGGGCCCUUUUGUUAUUUUUUAUCUGUCCCCCCGCAACCGAAUGAGCAUAGGAAGUCUAUCACUGGGGGGGUACGUUUCCAUAACCCAAGUGAAAUAAAAUGUAAAAGGCCCCUGGACAUUCAGAACAUGAAAUUUUAUAUCCAAGCACCGGGGAAAAAAAAAAAAAAAAAAAGAUAUUUUCCUUUAAACUUUUUUUUUAUUGAUUUUUUUCAUGAGGAAAAAGGGAAUAGGGAACGUAAAUGAUCACAGCAUGGGGGGUGGUGGUGUAGGGGAACAGAGCAUGCGAUGAGAAUGGAGAACAACCGUUGAAGAUCACAAUGUGGGUUUGGGGUAUGAGAAUGAGGUAUUGAAGGACCAUAGAAUGAUUCUAGAGUCCUCCCAAAUAUUAAUGUGUUAUGUUUUUUAUUUUAUAUCAGUAGUCAGUUUUUAUUUCUUCCUUAUAUUGAUCAUUUUUGUUUUUUUUUAGGCCCCCAUGUUGGAUGUUCCCGCUCGCUGCUGCCCACUCUGGAGGGCUCACUGAAGAAAGUGAAACGUUCAGACAUCCCGACUGUGUCCAGCUCCCGAUGAGACCCAGUUGGAGAAGGUUGACUACAGGUCACAGUGGAUCAUUGGGUUUGGAAACUACGGCACUGAGAAAGCUUUGGGAUCACACUGUGCCUGAGAAGGUGAACCGAAUGAUGUACGAGAAUUUAGAGAGAGAUUACAGACCAGAAGGAAAAACACCGUAAAACUGUGUUAAAAAAAAUGUGUCAUAAACGUCCUUCAAAAAAGACAACAUGAUUUAAAUAGAAUGAAAGAUGAAAGGAAAAGUAAACGAAAAAUAUACCUUUUAUUCUCUUCAAUUCUAAAAAUACACCACGCAAAAGAUGGUGGAACGACUCCAGACACGGGUAAUGUGAAGAGAGAGAGACGAAAAGCAGCUGACGGAAGUUUAGAGUUGGGACAGAGAGGCAUCGGGAGCAAAAGUCCUGGAAUCACAAAGGUAAAGUUUUAUGGUCCGGGUGAGGGGAUGGGGGAUGUUUGGGGUUUAACACCCCCACUUUCCUUUGGGAUCUAACAUUUACCUGCACAAUCUUUGCCAUCCCCCAAAGCCCUUGAAAAUUUCAAAUAUUGUAUAACUCUAAAAAAACAUUCCUUACCUCAGGAUAUUUCAGGGGGUGACAAAUUUUUUCCUUACCUCGGAUACUUCAACUGGUGACAAAUUUUUUCCUUACCCAGGAUAUUUUCAACUGGUGACUAUAAAUUCCUUACCUCAGGAACUUCAACUGGUGAACCAUUCCUACCCGGGAUACUUAAAUGGUGAUACCUUUUUCUACCUCGGAACUUAAAACUGGGGGACACCCGGGAGAAUAAUAAAAAGGAGCACUCUUUUCCCGGGGUAGAUUGAUAGAUGAUUUUUUGAAAACAACAGGAGCUUGUUUUGAAAUGUUUUUUUGGAUAUAAAGUCCCUCAGUGGAGCACCUGUUUUCCUUUUUGUUAAGCUGAGCUAAAGCGCUUUUGGGUUACUUUUUUUUCAUUGUUUUAAACUUCUUUCAACUCUGCUAGUUGUCCUGACCAAAAUACCCGCAGGAAAAAGUAUUUUUUGUACAGAUUUUCCAAAAUGGGGAUUGAUUGUUUUCCCCUUCAUCAUUUCACCAAACGUCACAAAAAAAAGUCGUGAUAUGUGUGUACAAAAAGGAUACAGAAGACUUGGUGGAAAUUUUAGGCAUAGGAAAAAGCAAUGAAGAAAGAUACCUGCGAUCAUUUGGGUCGUAUGUCUGUCGUGUGAGUGGUGUUGGUCUUCUGUAGUCUACAGAGGUUCCAAGGGGAAGGUAAGCCCCCUCCUGAUGCCUUCAUCGCCUCAUCAUUACCCCUGUUGGAACCAGGAUCAUCUCACCAUCGGCCCCCUCUCCAUGUCUCACCACGGGAAAACCCCUCCUGUUCACCACCCGGGACACUCUCCAAUGUCUCACCAUCAGGACACCUUGUCCCCUCCCCACGGGGUCCCCUCUCCACUUUCCUCCUCUCCAGCUCCCUCUCCACGUUCACUCCUGUCUCCAUUCCGGGGGUGACCUUCCUUUUUCCCCCCUCCAUCCUGGUAAAAUUCAAUAUAUAAUAUAUAUACUUACAAUGAGGAGGAGGGGAUAUUUGGUUGAAUACUGUUUUUUUUGGGAAUUUCAGGAGUUUUGCAAUGAAUUACCCCCGACAUAUCACGCAAGGAAACAUCCCGGUAAUUUGAUGUUUUUUUUCCUUGUUCUUAUUCUUUUUUUGUAGAACGUGGAACAUAUUUCUUUUUGUUUUUCUACAGGUUCCAGUCCCCAAGUGCAGGUCUGUUCCAGUGCUAUAACAGGCCGGGGUGUUAGGAGGGAGGGAGAGGGAGAGGUGCUCUAUAGGACAGUCCCCUGGAACAGGAGGCUUCUAGCCCAGAGAGGCCAGAGACCUGCAGGACCCCUGUUCAACAUCGAUGCCCUCAGAAGUCUGUUGCCAACUACACCUCCACACUCUCAGAUUCAUUCUGGUAAGUAUUCAUUUCAAGUAAACUUUCUGGAAUAAAAGAGGAAUUUCACUUUCAAGACUGCUCUAAGAAGAUUACUCUGCUAAUAUUCUACCAUUGUCUUGGUUGUCAUUUAUAUUGUAGUAUAUCUGAGAAAGAUCUAAAUGUUCUCUUUCUUUCCCAGGUGGUGGAUGUGACUUCCUGUCUGUAGCCCAUGUGACUGAUGACAUCAUUGAGUUUCUUCCUCUCAUGAGA